AUGUUCGCUCCUCAGAAUGGGGCUGGCUCUUUCGGAUGUCGAAGAACUGGGGCCCCAACUCCAACACCUCCUCUGCAUCACCAUUCGCUCUCGCUUCGCAAACAAAUCAAACGAGUCUUCACUAGCUUUCGUUGCUUUCAUCGCCUCUGUCGCCUCCUUAUCAUAACAAUGAAGUUUAUCACUGCCUUCGUCGCUCUCGCCACGGUCGUCGCCGCCAUGCCCUCUUGCGGCGGUUAUUACCAGAACCAGAACACUCGCGUGUCCCAGUCGCUUCUCAAGGGGAUCGAUGACCCGAAACACCCUUCCCUUUGCUGGCUGGUCUGCUGGGAAACAGAGCCUGCCUGCCCCGAGGGUUGGCACUCUGAGAGUAUGGAUACAGAGGAUCACUGCUGGACCUGCUGCUUGAACAACAGCGAGAACCACUAA